AAGCCUCGAUUUUGCUGCGCUGGACCCGGAUUCCGAAGUGACACCUUUCGUCGCUCAUCGUAGCCCUACUUUUUCGCCUUAUCCACCAGCCACACACCGUCGGGACUCGGUGUUUCAGUCCAAGGGGUUACACGCAACCUGAGAGCCUUAACAAACCAGGCUCCGCUCUCCACGGAGAAUAGCGGGCUGUGGGACGCAGCCAUGGCCGGAGGAAACUUCACCAAGGCUGGGGAGGAGAGGGCAGUGAGCCGGGCUCAGAGUGAAGUGAACAGGAAGUUGAAGUACAUCUCUCUGGCUGUGCUGGUAGUGCAGAAUGCAUCUCUGAUUUUAUCCAUUCGCUUCGUGCGGACUCUCCCUGGAGACCGUUUCUAUGCCACCUCCGCCGUAGUCAUGGCCGAGGUGCUAAAGGUGCUCACCUGCCUGCUCAUCAUCCUGCUGCAGAAGAGACUGAAUGUUAAGGAGACAGCCCUGUCCAUGUUUGACUCCAUUGUCGUUCAAUACAAGGACACGCUGAAGCUGGCUGUGCCCUCGCUCAUUUACACACUCCAGAACAACCUGCAGUACAUCGCCAUCUCCAACCUCCCAGCAGCCACCUUUCAGGUGACGUACCAGUUGAAGAUCCUCACAACAGCCCUGUUCUCAGUGCUGAUGCUGAGAAAGUCCUUGUCCAGGGUCCAGUGGUUCUCUCUGCUGCUGCUCUUUGCUGGAGUCGCCAUUGUUCAGGUGCAGCAGGAGGGGAAGAAGGAGUCCUCCGUGUCAGACAGCUCCUCUCAGAAUUACAUGGUGGGACUGGUUGCCGUGGUGAUCAGCUGCCUCUCCUCUGGUUUUGCCGGAGUUUAUUUUGAAAAGAUCCUAAAGGGGAGUGCGGCCUCGGUGUGGGUGCGAAACGUCCAGCUCGGAGUGUUCGGCACGGCUCUUGGCCUGCUGGGAAUGUGGUGGAACGAUGGUCCUGGGAUCGCCAACAAUGGCUUUUUCUUCGGCUACACCUCCAUGGUCUGGUGCGUCAUCUUCAACCAGGCGUUUGGGGGCCUUCUGGUGGCCGUGGUGGUGAAGUACGCUGAUAACAUCCUAAAAGGGUUUGCUACCUCCUUCUCCAUCAUCGUGUCCACUGUGGCAUCUGUAUAUCUGUUUGGCUUCCACGUGGAUCUGAUGUUUACAGCAGGGGCAGGGAUGGUGAUCGGAGCUGUCUACUUGUACAGUCUGCCCAAACCUCCCAGUAUGCUUGGCGGCAUAGGGGGUGGAGCAAGUGGAGCGGCAGGAAGUGAAGAUGAGGGAAAAAUGGGACAGUCCAGAAAUGGAAGUUUGACGACAGAAGAGAAUGGUGAAAUGGACUCGUUUCUCCCAAAAGUCGGUGGGAAACAGAAAGGAUCAUAAAGGAGACAAAAAUCAGGCAUAAUCACUCCAGAGUCAGCUUCCAGACAGCUCCACUGCACCAAUCAACACAAAUAUGUUUGGGACGCUUUACUUCUGCAAAUUAGGAGUACAAAGUUAAUAAUUCAGAUUUUAAACAUCUGAUGUGGAAGGACAGAUAGAUCUGAAUGAAGUCCAAAUCAAUUAUAAAUCUACUACAACAGAUUAAAGUAUUUGUCCUUGAUAUAAGCUUAGAUCUGAACAUUUUGAACAUUUUGCUAAAACUAUAAAUUAAUGGCUGAAAUUAACAUACUGAAAUGUAUCACUCUUAAUCGCUCUUAGUCUGACCAGUCCCCCAGGACCUGUUUGCCAUGGGUGACCCUGCGAGGGGCAUGAAGCCCCCAACAACAUAGCUCCCAGGAUCAUUCAGGUGCUCAAACCCCUCCACCACAGUAACAUGGCGGUUCAAGGAGACUAAGAGCGGUUCAGAAGCCCUUCAUGAUGAGAAGGAAAACAAGGCCAGUUACGUUGCCCAGAUUGGCAUUACAAGGGAACCCACCCUGGAGCCAGGCCUGGGGUGGGUGCUUAACUCGAGUGCCUGGUGACCAGGCCUUUCCCCACAGGGCCCGGUCGGGCACAGCCCGAAGGAGCAACGCGGGGCCAUCUUCUCGUGGACCCACCACCUACGAGAGGAUCCGUAGGGGGCCGGUGCGGAGAGAUCUGGGCAGCAGUCAAAGGCAGGGACCUCGAUGACCGUAUCUCCAGACAGGGAGACUAGCUUGUCUCGUUAGGGGGGAAGAAGUCUGAGCUUGUGCGAGAGGUUGAGUGUUACCGACUAGAUAUAGUCAGCAUCACCUCCACGCGUAGCUUGGGCUCUGGACUCUCCAUUUCUCUGGUGUUGCCUGUGGGGAGAGGCGGCGAGCUGGUAUGGGGUUGCUUAUUGCCUCACAGCUCAUCCGCCAUGUGCUGGAGUUCACCCCGGUGAGGGUCGCAUCUCUGCACCUUGAGGUCGGGGACUCUCACUGUUGUGUCAGCCUACGGGAUGAACACCAGUAUAGAGUACCCAGUCUUCUUGGAGUCCCUGGGAGGGGUACUAGAGAGUGCGCUUUGUCGUAAUCUGACCUCCGGCUGCAUUUCUUGGAUACUCUGGUGAAGAGAGGGGUAGAGCCAUCAACCGAUCACCACCUGGUUGUGAGUUGGAUCUACUGGUGGAGGAGGAAGCCAGAUAGACCUGGCAGGCACAAGCAUACUGUGAGGGUCUUUUGGGAAUAUCUGGCGAAGCCCUCUGUCAGGGGGUUUUCAACUUGCACCUCCGGGAGAGCUUCUCCCAAAUCCUGAGGGAAGCUAGGGACACAUGGAUUUCAAGUGGGCCAUGUUCUCCACCUCUACUGUCGAUGCGGCUGCUUGUAGCUGUGGUUGUAAGGUCUGCAGUCCUUGUUGUGCCAGCAAUCCCUAAACCUGGUGGUGGACACCAGAAGUAAGGAAUGCCAUCAGGCUGAAGGAGUCCUAUUGAGCCUGUGGGACUCCUGACGCAGCUGACAAGUACCGGCGGGCCAAGCAUACCGCGGCUCAUGUGAUCGGCAAAGUUGGAGUUGGGAGGAGUCCGGGGAGGCCAUGGAGGAGGACUAGUGGUCGACGCCUCAGGAGGGGGAAGCAGUGCUUCACCAACACUGUUUACAGUGCGGGUGGAGAGCUGCUGACCUCAACUGGGGAUACUGUGGGAUGGUGGAAUGAAUACUUUGAGGAUCUCCUCAAUCCCACUGUCACAUCUUCUGAGGAUGAAGCAGAGACUGAGGACUUGGAGCCAAACUCAUCCAUCACCCUGGCUGAAGUCACUGAGAAAGUUGGCAAGCUCCUCUGUGGCAAAGCUCCAGGGGUGGAUGAGAUCCGUCCCAAGUAUCUUUAAGUCUCUAGAUGUUGUGGGGCUGUCUUAGCUGACACGUCUCUUCAACAUCGCGUGAUGGUCGGGGACAGUGCCGCUGGACUGGCAGACUUGGGUGGUGGUCCCUCUGUUUAAAAAGGAGAACCAGAGGGUGCGUUCCAACCACAAGGGAAUCACACUCCUCAGCUUUUCUGGUAAGGUCUAUUCCAGGAUACUAUAGAGGAGAAUCCGAGAGACAGUCGAGCCCCUCGGAUUCAGGAGGAGCAGUGUGGUUUUCGUCUCAGUCAUGGAACACUGGACCAGCUCUAUACUCUCCAUCAGGUCCUCAAGGGUUCAAGGCAGUUUACCCAACCAGUCCACAUAUGUUUUGUGGAUCUGGAGAAGGCAUUUGACUGUGUCCGUUGUGGUGCCCUUGGGGGGGGGAGAACCCUUUGCUAAGGGCUAUCUGGUCCCUGUAUGACCAAAGCAGGAGCUGUGUUCGCAUUGCUGGCAGUAAGUCAGACCUGUUCCCAGUGCACAUUAGACUCUGCCUGGGCUGCACUUUGUCACCGCUUCUGUUCAUUGUUUUCAUGGACAAAAUUUCUAGGGGCAGCCAGGGGCCGGAGGGGUUCGGGGACCACAGGAUCACAUCUCUGCUGUUUGCAGAUGAUGUUGUCCUGAUGGCUUCAUCGAGCCAGGACCUGCAGUAAGCAUUGGGGCAGUUUGCAGCUGAGUGGCUGAGAUGAGAAUCAGAUCCUCGAAAUCCAAGGCCAUGGUUCUCAACCGGAAAAAGAUGGCUUGCCCUCUCCAGGUUGGUGGGGAGUCCUUGACUCAAGUGGAGGAGUUCAAGUAUCUCGGGGUCUUGUUCACAAGUGAGGGAACGAUAGAGUGUGAGAUUGACAGGCGGAUCGGUGCAGCGUCUGCAGUGAUGCAGUCGCUGUAUCGGAGUGUUGUAGUGAAGAAGGAGCUGAGUUGAAAGGCAAAGCUCUCGAUUUACUGGUCAAUCUACGUUCCUACCCUCACCUAUGGUCAUGACCUUUGGGUAAAUGACCAAAAGGACAAGAUCACGGAUACAAGCGGUCAAAACUUAUUUCCUCUGGAGGGUGACCAGGCGCUUCCUUAGAGAUAGAGUGAGGAAGUCUGUCACAUGGGAGGAGCUCAGACUAGAGCUGCUACUCCUCCAUGUCGAGAGGAGUCAGUUGAGGUGGCUCGGGCAUCUGUUCAGGAUGUCCCCAGGAUGCCUUCCCAGGGAGGUGUUCUGGGCAUGUCCCACUGAGAGGAGGCCCCAGGGAAGACCCAGGACAUGCUGGACGGACUAUAUAUCUUGGCUGGCCUGGGAACGCCUUGGGGCGCCACCGGAGGAGCUGGAGGACGUGUCUGGGAAGGGGGAAAUCUGGGAGCCCCUACUUAGACUGCUGCCCCCAUGACCCGCCUCCAGAUAAGUGGAAGAAAAUGGAUGAAAAUGUAUCACCAAAGUGACCUCCAGCUUUUAUUUUAACAUCCUUUUGUUUACAUAUGUCUAAACAC